UACUUAAAUUUUCCUGCAAUCUUUAUCCAUUGUUACGCUCUCAACCAUGGAGACGAUUGCACCCACUGAAAACGAUGGUUUCAAGGAACUCGAGUAUCUCUCUCUCAUCUCCAAGGUCUGCAAUGACCUCGAGACUCACCUAGGUUUUGCAGACAGGGUGGUAGCGGAGUUCAUUACCGAUUUGGGCAGGCGGUGUGAGACGGUUGAUGAAUUUCACGCCGAGUUGAAAGAACGCGGUGCCGAGAUGCCUGAUUACCUUGUCCGCACCUUGCAUACUACUGUCCGCGCGAUUCUCGCGCCGAAGAACAAAGCAGGUAACGGCUCCGGAAAAGAAAAACGGACGCUGGAGGGAAAGAAGGCGAAGAGGAGUCAUGAGGAGGAAGCUGAUGCUGAGAGGAGGGAUUAUAGGAGUAGGGGCAGGGAUAAUGAUAGGGAACCUGAAUUGUUUAAAGUGUACCAGGGCAGGGUUUCGAGAGUGAUGGACGGGGGUUGUUUUGUGUUGUUGAAUGAUUUUAGGGGUAAGGAAGGGCUGGUUCAUGUUUCACAGAUUAGCAACAGGAGAAUUGCGAAUGCAAAAGAUUUGGUGAAGCGGGAUCAGAGGGUUUAUGUGAAGGUUCUUUCUGUUUCUGUCCGGAUAAUGAGUCUGUCAAUGAGGGAUGUUGAUCAGUAUACGAGUAAGGACUUGCUUCCUCUGAAAAAGAGUUCAGAUGAUAAUGCUUUUAGGAUCAAUCCUUCAAGGGGAAAGGGGGGGCCUGUAACUAGGACUGGUCUCUCGGGUAUUCAGAUCAUGGAAGUGGAGAAUUACAUUCCAUCACGUAGGCCAUUGAAGAGAAUGAGUUCGCCAGAGAGGUGGGAGGCAAAGCAGUUGAUUGCAUCUGGUGUUUUGAGAGUGGGUGAGUAUCCCACUUAUGAUGAGGAAGGAGACGGAGUGCUUUAUCAAGAAGAGGGUGCUGAGGAAGAGGUUGAAAUUGAGCUGAAUGAAGAUGAACCCGCAUUUUUGAGAGGACAGACAAGGUCCUCUGUAGAUAUGUCACCAGUGAGGAUAUUCAAAAAUCCAGAAGGGUCCUUGAGUCGUGCAGCUGCUCUUCAGUCUACCCUUAUAAAGGAACGGACAGAAGUACGGGAACAGAAGCAGCGAACUAUGCUGGACUCAAUUCCAAAGGAUCUUAAUCGUCCUUGGGAAGAUCCAAUGCCUGAGGUAGGUGAGAGGCAUCUUGCAGAAGAGCUUAGAGGUGUUGGAUUGUCUGCCUACGAUAUGCCUGCAUGGAAGAAGGAUGCUUUUGGAAAAGCUCUGACUUUUGGGCAGAGGUCAAAGCUCCCAAUCCAGGAGCAGAGGCAGAGCUUGCCAAUUUACAAACUGAAAAAGGAACUGGUUCAGGCGGUCCAUGACAAUCAAGUUCUGGUUGUUAUUGGUGAGACUGGCUCAGUGUCUGUGGCCAAAAGGGUAGCUGAGGAGUAUGGUUGUCGUUUAGGAGAGGAAGUUGGGUAUGCUAUUCGAUUUGAAGAUUGUACUGGACCAGAUACUAUGAUCAAGUAUAUGACUGACGGUAUGCUUCUUAGGGAGAUUCUUAUUGAUGAGAACCUUUCUCAAUAUUCAGUCAUUAUGCUGGACGAAGCACAUGAACGGACAAUCAACACUGAUGUCCUCUUUGGGUUAUUGAAGCAGCUUGUGAAAAGGAGACCUGAUCUUCGUCUGAUUGUUACGUCUGCCACGUUGGAUGCAGAGAAAUUUUCAGGCUACUUCUUCAGCUGUAAUAUUUUUACAAUCCCAGGGAGAACCUUUCCUGUGGAGAUAUUCUACACUAAAGAACCGGAAAGUGAUUACUUGGACACUGCUUUGUUAACAGUCCUCCAGAUACACUUGAAUGAACCUGAGGGUGACAUUCUUCUAUUCUUGACUGGUCAGGAGGAAAUAGAUUAUGCAUGCCAGUUUCUUAAGGAUUAUAUGGGCAGGCUAGGUGAGAAUGUUCCUGAUUUAAUUAUUUUACCAGUUUAUAGUGCCCUCCCUAGUGAAAUGCAGUCUAGGAUUUUUGAACCUGCUCCUCCAGGGAAGAGGAAAGUGGUGGUUGCAACCAAUAUUGCCGAGGCUUCUUUGACAAUUGAUGGAGUAUUCUAUGUGGUUGAUCCGGGAUUCGCAAAACAAAAUGUUUAUAACCCGAAGCAAGGGCUUGAUUCUCUGGUUAUAACUCCAAUUUCACAAGCAUCGGCCAAGCAACGAGCGGGGCGUGCGGGGCGUACAGGGCCAGGGAAAUGUUACCGCCUGUAUACCGAAGCUGCAUUUAGGAACGAGAUGGCGCAAACCACAACUCCAGAAAUCCAAAGGAUUAAUCUCGGGACAACAACACUUACAAUGAAGGCCAUGGGAAUCAAUGAUCUCCUCUCGUUUGAUUUUAUGGAUCCACCUUCUCCCCAAGCUCUCAUUUCUGCCAUGGAACAGCUGUACAGUCUAGGAGCUCUUGAUGAGGAGGGGCUUCUGACCAGAUUGGGUGGGAAAAUGGCAGAGUUUCCUUUGGAUCCACCCCUGUCAAAGAUGUUACUGGCUAGCAUAGACCUUGGAUGUAGUGAUGAGAUUUUGACAAUUAUUGCUAUGAUUCAAACCGGAAACAUCUUUUACAGGCCAAGGGAAAAACAAGCUCAAGCUGAUCAGAAGAGGGCCAACUUUUUCCAGCCUGAGGGAGACCACUUGACUCUGCUUGCAGUCUAUGAGGCUUGGAAAGCCAGAAAUUUUGAGUGUCGUUGGUGUUAUGAAAAUUUUGUUCACUCUCAAUCCCUGAGCAAGGCACACAAUGUCAGAAAACAACUCAUUGGCAUCAUGGAAAGGUACAAAUUUGACAUCGUCAGUGCAGGAAAGAACUUUACAAAAAUAAGGAAGGCUAUUGCUGCAGGUUUCUUUUUCCAUGCUGCAAGAAAGGACCCUCAAGAGGGAUAUAGGACUCUGGUUGAGAACCAGCCUGUUUAUAUCCACCCUAGUAGUGCCCUUUUCCAGAGACAACCAGACUGGGUGAUUUACCAUGAGCUAGUGAUGACUUCAAAGUAGUAUAUGCGUGAGGUAACUGUGAUUGACCCAAAGUGGCUUGUUGAACUGGCUCCAAGAUUCUUCAAAGUAGCAGAUCCCAUGAAAAUGAGCAAGCGCAAACGUCAAUAACGUAUUGAACCUCUUUAUGAUAGAUAUCAUGAACCUAAUUCUUGGCGUCUGAGUAAACGGAGAGCUUGAUUCACUAUCAGUUGGUCUGACAUCUGUGUUGGUUCUGCAUUACUCUGUAUUUCUAAGUAUUUGCUGUAUAAAUUUAAAGUUGUUUA